CGGGUUUGUCUUCUGUUCAUUUAUCUUUCUUUAACUUUUGCUAUUCAAAACAAUAUACCAAUUUCUUUAUCAUAUGCCAAGUGGUUAACCCUUGUAAUUUGAGUGAAAACACUAAUUGUUGCUCUGAUUGGAGUACUCUUUACAACAAUAUAAAUAACAAGCCAUAUUAUUAUUGUCAUCAUUUUUAUUCUUCUUCUCAACAACAACAAUCUUCAGAAUCUACUUCUUCUUAAACAACAACAACGUUAUGUCUAAGAAUUCACAUAACAUUAGAAUAUUAGGACUACCAUCAAAUUAUGCUUAUAAAAACUGGUUGUAACAAGCAGUACAAAACGAGAGUAAUCCCUUAAACUACUUCUCAUUCACAAGUAAUUUUAAUGGCAGUGAGAAUGCAACAAAUGCUCGUUAUUCUGAUUUGCUGGAUUUGUUAUCAAACAAAAAACAAAAAACGCAAGAAAAACAAAGGACAGUCAGGUUUCGCCGAAGACUAUCAGGUAUAUUGGGCUGAUAGAAGAAAUAAAAAUACCCAAACUAUCAUAACAGAAAGACAGAAUAAAACCUUGGAGAAAUUGAAUGAUAUGACAUGCGAAAGUUUAGAAAGGCUGGCAGAAUGGAUAUAUAGCGAUGAUGGUGUAGGCAGUAGCAGCAGCAGUAGCAACAUUAUUGUUCGUAACCCUGUCAGAACUGAAGAUUCUAAUAAGUUUGAUGGUUUAGAAUCUUUAGAAAAAAUAUUAAAUUUCUCGUCAAAAUUAUCAUCAGACAAGGUUGGUUACUUAGGAAUUCUGGACCUCAGCUCUGACACCGUUAUCUUAAUGCUUAAAAAACAGCUUGCUGAAAAAGAUUAUAAUGAUAUUAUUCAACAUGCUACAUUACUAAACGUUGAAUUAACAGAAUAUGCUGAAGAUCUAAUAACUUCUCUCUGUGAAUCCAAGCUUGCAACGAUCUCCUUAAGAAAUAUAAUGUAUGAAAUUGGUUAUAGACAAGCCUUUAAUUUAGUUCUCAAUCGUGAUGCUGGUUUUAUUGAAACAACUACUCGCCAUUUCCUCGAUUUAAUGGAUAGUCCAAACAAUUCACUCAUACAAACAACUGGAGAACGUGCUGCCUGCAUUCAUACUAUCAUCUACAUUAUAAAUCAGCUUUUUUUAGCAGACAAUGAUGUAGUUGCUUUAGACUGGAUCGAAAAGGAGUAUUGCCAAACAGGCAGAUGUAAAUGGGAUGGUAUCAUUAUGAAAGUAAAUAAUAAAAAAAUAUCUACAGUUUUCGUAGAGUUCUCUGGUGGAAUUAAAGUCAAUGCAACAAUGAAAAAAGAAAACCUCUGAUAUUAAUAAAUUAUAUUCUAAUAUAUUGAAUAUUAUUACUGGUUUGCCUGCCAGUACCCCCCAAGAAAAUAUUUUGUGCCCGCUUCUAUGACAACUGCAUAUAUUUUGAGGAACUAUUUGUCUUCAAACAAAAUUAUUUCAGAAAGAUUCAUGUGUCUUUCCAUUGUCCAAGCACGCCAAGAUUACUUCUCAAAUACAUCAAACAAAUCAGCAAAAUGCUACAAUGGAAAGAAGCUGUAAUCAACCAGACGUUGUAAUUACAAGAUUAAUUAGCACUUACUAAAUAAUUGCUAUUGAUAUUAUUGUUGAUAAGGCAGAUAUAAAAAAGAAAGCAGAAUAAAUCUGUGAAAACUUUGUAUAAG